UAUGGCCGCUCCCACAUAAGGCAUUGUUCGUCAUUUGCCUUUUCCGCGGGGGUAUCGUACGACGCGAUUUUGCGUACUGCAGACGCGCCGGCGUUUCGUCGACGCAUGCUCAGCGCAGUAUACGAUCUUCGUUGGCUAACAAACUCGUUGGGCAAGUGAAAGAGACCGCGAAAUGCCGGCGACAUCGUCAACGACAGCAACACCGGCGGCAGCGGUGACUGAGGCUAGCAGCGGCUUCAGGACGCACCAGUUCUCGCGUCACUUCAACGGCAACAGCGUGCAUUUCCUCGUGCUUCGCAUGGAGUCCAGUUUUUUCCUCUGGGUCGGCUCGCAGAGCGGCUGCCUCAAGAACCUCUCGGCCGCCAUGUCGACGGCCUUCGAAAAGGCGCCCACCGCGUGCUCCCUCAUGGGCGACGCCUCCGACUUGACGUCCAACGCGCUAGCCUCGAAACUCGCCAAGCGGACGGGAGGUCGUCAGGUGUUCGUCAGUUACAACGUGCCCGCCACCGACGCGGCGACGGUGAACUUCGUGCACGAAUCCAUCGUAGAGGAGAUGUCUGUCAAACCGGACAUGUUCCACUGAAAAUGAGGCGGCUACGAUUCAGUGUCGGCGUGCUGUGUUCGUGAACGCCGUGUUUUGUUGUUCAGCACGGCGAAAGACUUAAUUGCAAGAUGCGCGCAAAAACUCGCGUCUUUUGUUCUUGUAGUUCUGACUUUGUUUCCACGACCCAUAUCUAGUUAAGGACUUGACUGUUAUUUGGCGCGGAUUACUUGGUUGGGUUUAAUAAGAAUAACACAAUAAAAAAUAUUCAUAAACGAAAU